AGAAGACACACAACAGACUCCAACCAUGCCACAACAUUUGACGCUCCUCCUAGACUCUCCCGUCCUCAUUGCUGCCAUUUUCAUCUGCAGCAUCGGGGGGACCUUUCAAUAUGGAUUCAGUGUUUCUGUGAUGACAUCCCCCUCUGCUUUUAUAAAGGAGAUGGUGAAUGAAAGUUGUUUGCACAGAUAUGACCGGAUCUUGGAGGAGUGGGAGGUCUCGCUCAUCUGGUCUUUCACAGUGUCCAUAUUCUGCAUUGGGGGAUUAAUUGGAUCACUGAUGGCCGGUCCACUCACCUCCAGAUUUGGCAGAAAACGUUGUCUUCUGUUAAAUAAUUUUUUGGCUAUAUUUGGAGCCAUAUUGAUGCUUUUGAGUCGAACAGCCAUUUCUUUCGAGAUGAUAAUCGUGGGGAGAUUUCUCUAUGGGAUCAAUUCAGGGGUCGGUCUUUCAGCUCAAACCAUGUAUCUCACUGAAUCUGCACCAAAAAAGCUGAAAGGAAUGGUUGGUGUCACCAUUGCAACCUUCUUAUCCUUCGGAAAGUUUUGUGGUCAGUUGCUAGGAAUCAGAGAGUUGCUUGGCUCAGAGAAGAAUUGGCCGUGGCUGCUUAGUUUCAAUGGUUUCACUGCAUUCCUCCAGCUCUGCACCCUGCCUCUCCUACCAGAGUCUCCAAGGUUCCUUUUACUGGAGAGAGGAAACCUGCAGGCUGCUGAAAAGGCUUUUAGGAAACUAUGGGGUAAAAAAGACUAUACCAAGGAAGUCGAGGAGAUGCUGGAGGAGAAAGCAGCAAUCCAGGGUAUAGGAAACUGCUCCGUGUUGGAGCUAAUUCAGAACCGAAGAGUUCGCUGGCAGCUCCUCACCAUUGUUAUUGCUUUCGCUGCACUGCAGCUAAAUGGCAUCAGUGCUGUGUACUUUUACUCUUUUGAUGUAUUUCGAACUGCAGGAAUCAAAGAAAACAAGUUGGCAUAUGCUGCAUUGGGAACAGGCUUGUGUGAAGUUUCCACCUCUAUAGUGUGUUUCAUGAUAAUUGAGAGUAUGAGCAAAAAGGUCUUGCUGUUCAGAGGUUACAUGGGAAUGGCUGCAACUAUGGGCGUUCUUACAGUCACUAUUUAUUUUCAGAAAAGUUUCUGGUGGAUGCCUUACUGCAGUAUGGUUCUUUUUUUCCUCUUCAUUUUCUUCUUUUCCAGUGGACCUGCUGCAACGACAGUGCCUCUUCCAGGGGAAAUUUUAACUCAGUCAUUUAAAUCAGCCGGAUACACAGUCGGAUGCACUAUUAACUGGAUCUGCCUGUUUGUCCUUGGGGUACUUUUCCCCAUCUUAGUGGAGAAUCUGGGUAAUUUUUGCUUCCUUAUAUUUUUGGCUGCCUGCCUCAUCUGUGGGAUCCAUGUGAGGUUCAACAUGCCAGAGACCAAAAAUCGAACAGCGCUGGAGAUAUCUGUUGAGUUUGACAGGAUGCACAGUAAAGACAAGGCCUCAGAGAAGAAACAGUCAUCUGGGAUCUGUGAAAUCAAAGUUCAACAGACCAAAUUAUGAUACAGGAAGAGGUUGGCUUAAAACUCAACCACAAGUGCAAUAAUUUUAGAUUUACAGUUCAGUGUAAUAGAGAUUAAAUAUAAGCAGAUAUUUGUAGAUUUCUCAGGCCAAUAAAAAUCAGACCACAUGUUCAGGGUAAAACAAGGCAAGGCCAGUUUAAAUGUAGCGGCAUAUGUGUAUAGUGUGACGAAGUUCUUUGAUUAAAAAAUUAAUGCAUUGUUUAAAUGUAAAUAUCAAACAGUAUUCAUAAUUUAUUCUUGUCAAUAUAUAGAAGCUGAGACAAAUUUUGUGGUUCUAAAUCCACAUAAAAUAAUCAUUUAUUUUUUGCUAUACCAUGGGAAACACAUUUUAUUUUGACACACCUUUGGAGGAAUCAUCACUGAGGUCUGAACGCAUUAACUUAUCUGGAAGAUCCCAUCAUGUUUCAAUCACGUUUCAUGUUUGGUGGAUUUUAGGACAGAAAUACAGGUAAUAUGUUGAAAAAAAAAAAAAGUAAAGGUUCUCAAGAGGAAAUGGGGGACACGCCAUUAAAGUACACAUGGGUAGGACUAGAUGAGCCUUCUUAGCUGAAAGUACACCACAAGGAAGAAGUAACAGAGAUAAAAAGCUCCACAGUGUAGUAGGAAAAAAAAAUGGAACAGUGACAAGCAGACUUUGAG